AUGACAUCAGUAUCUUUUAACGGAAUCCUGCGCCUGGUAGUGAUCUCCAUCUUAAUACUGGGCUGCUUUGUUACCAUAGUUUUUAUGUACUUGAAACCAGAUAACAUUUGGUUGUCUGGUCCCAUUGAGUCUGCAACGUCUCCUCUCAAGGUUAAGAAUUUUGCUCAUAUCAAAAAAGAACAGAACAAAACCAUUGUUUUAAUUUGGCUCUGGCCAUUUGGUCAGACCUUCAGUCUGGACAAGUGCAACAUCAAUGGAUGCUACUUGACGGCAGACCGAAAUUUGUACAACGAGUCGAGCGGUGUUGUCAUCCACCACAGAGAUAUAAGCAGAGAUUUAUCUAACCUGCCACCCUUGUAUCGUCCGUCCUCUCAGAAAUGGAUAUGGAUGAACUUAGAGUCGCCUUCUCACUCUCCUAAAAUCCCAGGUAUCGAAAAGCUAUUCAAUUUGACAUUGAACUACCGCCAGGAUGCUGACAUCCAGGUGCCUUAUGGGACACUUCUACCCACACAGGAAGAGGACAACUUUGUAUUGCCAAGCAAGACUAAACUCGUCUGCUGGAUAGUGAGCAACUGGAAUCCUGACCAUGCAAGAGUGAAAUACUAUUACGAACUGUGCAAAUAUGUUGAGAUACACACCUACGGUCAAGCGUUUGGGGAGUACAUUUCUGAUAAGGACUUCUUUCCCACAAUAUCAAGUUGCAAAUUCUACCUGUCCUUUGAGAACUCGAUUCAUGAAGAUUACAUCACUGAAAAGUUGUACAACCCAUUAUCUGUUGGUUCUGUGCCAAUCGCUCUGGGCCCAUCCAGACAGAACUAUGAGAACUUUGUGCCUGGUGAUGCGUUUAUCCACGUGGAUGACUUCCUUUCCCCCAAAGAGUUGGCCGAUCACCUCUUGUUCCUCAAUAAAAGUGAUGACAUCUACAUGCAAUACUUUGACUGGCGGAGGCACUUCAAAGUAAAAUUGUCAGACUUUUGGACUGAACAUACCUGUCGGGCUUGUGAAUAUAUUCAAAACCAUAAGGAAUACAAAGCUUGUAAUACUCUGGACACUUGGUUCUGGGAUUAA